AGUGGCGUCAGCACCCAGGCAAGGUAGUUGAAUCGUAACGAUAGGUAGUUAUGGUGAGCUAUACUUCCAACUUCCAAGUUCCAACACUAUACAGUGGAGUAUCUUGAAUGACAAGUUAGCCACGUGUCUUUUCCAGAAUCCUCUAUUUGAUCUGUAACACACGGAGUUAAGGGCCGGUGCACGUUAGUGGAGAUAACACGUGGGAGUGUCGCUGCCUUGUACAGCUCUCUUUAAGAUCUUACAGGAUUAUGACCCUGACUCAUUUAUUUAAACAAUUAAUAUUCAUUAAUAAUAAUUUUAGGAAAACUUAAUUUGUGUAAUUUUUUAUAUCCCACUUGGUGCUAAUCUUUUAAAGGUUUGAUCUUCUAUUUAUUUUUUAAAUGACUAAUGUAUAUAACCAACUAUAUAACCAAUAAAUACCAAUACUCCUUUCCUACCAAAAAUUAUUAUAAUUGUAUAAUAUGCCAAAAUUUAGAAAUAUUGGGAUCAAUUAAAUUCUGUAGAUGCUAUUAAAGGAAAGUUGAAAUAUGCAUUGAGAAUAAAAAAAGUGAUGUGAAUUUUUCCAUAAAAAGAAAUUAUAGCAAAAUAAAAAAGAUGAACUUAAAAAAAAAGGGUGACAAUUUCUUAGGGGCAAAGGGGUAAUAAUUAACAAAAUCAAUUUAGAGUAUGGUUCAUUUAAUUAAUUUAGCUUAUUGUAUAUGUAUUAUGUCUAUAGAAUCGAGUUUUGUUUCAGUUGGAGCAAGUACCACUUUCUUCGGGUAGGGUUUAAGUUCGAUUCUCAUUUAGCCUUCUCUUUUUUGCAUUUUACCGUGUAAUAAAAAGAGAAUCUCUACAGAUAUGAAAGAGAAUAAAUCAAUCGUUCUUAUAGUGAUUAGAAUGAAACCUAUAUUACACGGGUAAAAGGGAAAACCACAAUCACAAGGCUAACCCACGAUUCUCGUAAUAAAAGAGGUCUCAAUAUUGGUACUUAUGGCCUGUUUAGUUGUUGGUACUGAAUGAUGGUAAUAAUAACGAUAUGCAGUGUAAAUUUUCAUGAAAUGUAUCAUGUUAUUUCCAUGGCAAUGAAACUUUAAUUAUAAAAAACAAAAUUAUGUUCAUAAUUUUUCAUUAUCUAAUAUCACAUUUGACAUUUUAAUAUAAUAAUAUAUUGAAAUGAAUUUUGUGAAGAAAAUAAGAAUAAUUAGAGGAGAAUAAGUAUAAUCAUUUGACUUGUCAAGAAUUUUCCUAUUAAAAUAGAAUCAUUAUCAUUCGGACCGUUUGAUAUCCCGUUAGAGUUUUGGAAAUUUGCCUUUUCUACCACUAACCCACAAGAGAGCUACUGAGGGAGUAUUACUUGAUCACUAUUAAUUAAUUAAUAAGUUUUGACUUAGUAUCUUUACCUUAUUGUAAUAUUGCUCAUAUAUUGUUGAUUUACUAAAAUAAUUGUUGAAUUUUUCUUAGAGAUAUGUUUUUCAAAUUCCAAAUUAAUACGAAGUAUAUAAUUCUACAAUAUAAGAAUAUUAAUUACCAGAAUUAGGUGUUAAUAAAAGAGGAUUGCCACGCACUUAACGUACCAUUAGUGAAUGAUCUAAUAGAUAAAUAUGCAUAGACCAUGUCCACGGAUAAUCUCUCCUCAACCUCAUACGUAAUUAGAAAAAGUACAAAAGUUUAUUUUAAAAAUUGUGCCAUUCAAUUCAAAUUAGAGUAGGCCUUAGAAAAAUCAUAAAGUAGGACCCAUUUGAUGACAGACAAUUCACACAACUAAAAUAUUUCUACAAAUUUCAACAAAGCUUUUAUGGAGGCAAUGAACUUGUGUUUCAAUAUUUUUAAACAAAAUUUGACCCCACCACCUUCAUAACCUUGGCCAACCACCACAUUUUAUGCAUCAUUACUAUCUAGCAUUUCAAACUUUUAUAAAUGCCUUUAUAUUUUGGUAACUCCCAAAACCCAACCAUAACUUUGAAUCUCAUCCUUUUAUUUAUCCUACAAACUAUAUUCCUACAUUCUCCUUCAAGCAACCUCUAUUCAAAACUUCUACCAAAUUCUACUAUAAACUUGUUAAUUCCUUCUUUUUCUUAAACACUUGUGAAUAUUGUUGUUACAUUCCUUAAAUACCCAUUUUGGCCCAUAUUCUAUCAAUCUUUUUUUCAUCCUCAAAGUUCUUUUUUUUGAGCUUUUAUUAGUACAUAAGUUAUUAUCCCAACUAGUUCAUGAGUAUGGCUCCAAGUUUGAGCAAAAAAAGUUCCGAUUUGUCUGAUGUUCUGGCUGACAAUGAUGGUUGCGACAUGUGUUAUUCAGUUACCUUGGAGAAAUCAAACUUCAUGGUGAAUGGUCAUGUGAUCUUAUCCAACGUACCGUCUAACGUCACGGCUUGUAGUAAGCUGGAUUUUGAUGGUCUUUUUGUCGGCUUUGGUGGUCAAAAGCCCGAAUCUCGGCAUGUCGUUCCUAUAGGCCAACUGAAGGGUAUUCCAUUUAUGAGUAUUUUCAGGUUUAAAGUAUGGUGGACUACUCAUUGGACUGGGCUUAAUGGAAGUGACCUUGAGUAUGAGACUCAAAUUCUUAUCCUUGAUAAGUCGGAUGAAGAUUUGGGCCGACCCUAUGUUGUGAUCCUUCCGUUAAUUGAAGGCCCAUUUAGGGCGUCCCUUCAGCCCGGCCCAAUUGAUGAUUAUGUGGAUAUGUGUGUAGAGAGUGGGUCCACAAAAGUAAUUGGGGAUUCAUUUCAGACAAUCUUAUACAUAAGAUCUGGGCCUGACCCAUUUAAGUUGGUUAAGGAUACCAUGAAAGAAGUCCAGGCUCAUUUAGGAACUUUCAAACUUUUGGAAGAAAAAUGUCCUCCAAAAAUAGUGGGAAAAUUUGGUUGGUGUACUUGGGAUGCAUUUUACCUUAAAGUGGAACCCCAAGGAGUUUUGGAGGGUGUUAAGGGAUUGGUUGAAAAUGGUGUCCCACCGGGCUUCGUCUUGAUUGAUGACGGGUGGCAAUCGAUAUGCCACGACGUUGACCCAAUCACUGAUCAAGAAGGGAUGAAUCGGACUUCGGCCGGUGAGCAAAUGCCAUGUAGGUUGAUCAAGUAUGAGGAAAACUAUAAGUUCAGGGAAUAUAAAAGCCCAAAUAGGCCUAAUAUGGGAAUGAAGGCCUUUAUAAGGGACCUUAAAGAGAAGUUUAAGACUGUUGAAGAUGUAUAUGUUUGGCAUGCUUUUAUGGGCUAUUGGGGUGGGGUAAGGCCCAAUGUUCCAGGCCUUCCAGAAGCUGAAGUUGUAGGCCCAAAACUUACACCGGGCCUUGAAAUGACCAUGGAAGAUUUAGCUGUGGAUAAAAUUGUUAAUAAUGGUGUUGGGCUGGUCAAGCCUGAAAAGGCCCAUGAACUUUAUGAAGGUCUGCAUUCUCACCUAGAGGCUUGUGGAAUUGAUGGAGUCAAAAUUGAUGUUAUCCAUUUGUUGGAGAUGAUGGCUGAAGACUAUGGAGGCAGAGUUGAGCUUGCAAAGAAAUACUACAAAGCAAUAACAGAAUCCAUACGGACACACUUCAAAGGCAAUGGUGUAAUUGCUAGUAUGGAGCAAUGCAACGAUUUUAUGCUUCUUGGUACCGAGACUAUCUGUCUAGGUCGUGUUGGGGAUGACUUUUGGCCAACUGAUCCAUAUGGAGAUAUAAAUGGCACAUAUUGGCUCCAAGGCUGUCAUAUGGUGCAUUGUGCCUAUAAUAGCUUAUGGAUGGGCAACUUCAUACACCCUGACUGGGAUAUGUUCCAAUCAACUCACCCUUGUGCUGAAUUUCAUGCUGCCUCUCGAGCGAUUUCUGGUGGUCCAAUUUACGUUAGUGAUGCUGUUGGCAAGCACAAUAUUCCGUUGCUCAAAAGGCUCGUCUUGCCCGAUGGUUCGAUUCUGCGUUGUGACUAUUAUGCACUUCCUACUAGGGACUGUCUUUUUGUGGAUCCCUUGCAUGAUGGAAAAACAAUGCUCAAGAUUUGGAACCUCAACAAGUUUAAUGGAGUACUCGGAGUAUUCAACUGCCAAGGAGGAGGAUGGAAUCGCGAGUUUAGAAGAAACCAAUGUUACUUGGAGUAUUCCAAACCUAUUUCAUGCAAGACUAGCCCAAAAGACAUAGAAUGGCAAACUGAUCACCAAUCGGAAUAUUUUGCCAUGUACAUGUCUAAACAAAAGAAGCUAAUCCUCUCACAACCAUGUGAUGCAAUCGAAAUAUCGCUCGAACCAUUUAAUUACGAGCUCAUUGUAGCCUCACCGGUGACCACAUUACCUUGGGAGUAUGUGAAGUUCGCUCCUAUAGGACUCAUAAACAUGCUCAACUGUGGAGGAGCAGUGAGGUCUUAUGACAUCAGAGACGAAAGUGAAAAGAGGGUUUGUCUUGGCAUAAAAGGUGCCGGAGAAAUGAGGGUCUUUGCAUCAGGAAAACCAAAAGCUUGUAGAGUUAACGGAGAAAACGUGGAGUUUGAGUACGAAGAUAGCAUGGUUUUGGUUCAAGUGCCAUGGAACAGCGACUCAACUGGUUUUUCCACAGUUGAGUACUUGUAUUGAGCUUGAAAGUAGUAUUAAAAGGACGUCUUUGAUUUUGUGAUUGUUUCUAACAAUUUGGGAUUGUAUUGUGUGAAACUAAUUACUUGAAGAGUUUUAUUAGUCGAGUAAUUAGCAAGGUGAUGUACCCUAAUAUUUAUUAGUGAUUAAUAUAAUCAUCCGUGUAGUUAUUGUUGUUUUAGUGAUGCAUGCGUAUUUAAGUCUUGCUCUUGUUGAUCAUGUACUACAAAAUCAAUUGAAAUCGUUAUAACUUAAACAAUAUUCUUGGAGUUUAAAGAGUCAGAUAUAUAUAAAUUUAUUGUGAAAACAAAAAAAUAUUUUCUG